UCAUAAAAAUCAACUAUAUCCUCCAUUAAAAGAUGAUCACUUUCUUCUCCAAUGGAUCGAGCUCUGUUAGUUCUGGUAGGGUUAUCGAUCUUCCUGUUCUGCACUGAUAUUUUUAACAUUUUCACGCCCAAACCUCCCAAAACUACCACUCAUUAUCCUCUUCUUGAUGCCGAUGAUCCUCACCAAGCAGACCCCCAGCUAGAACAGCUUCUCCAAGAGCCCCUCAAAUUCCCCACCCACCAGAAAUCUAAUGGCUUUGGGGGAGUUGGCAUUGGAAGCACCAUCAAUAUUGAUUUCUGUACAUCUUGUUCUUACAGAGGAACUGCAAUAACAUUGAAAAACAUGCUGGUAACAUCAUUUCCCGGGAUCGAUGUAAUACUGGCAAACCACCACCCUCCCCUUCCAAGACGCCUGCUGAGCAAACUGGUACCGGUUGUUCAAGUAGGAAUCAUCGGGACUAUAAUGGCCGGAAAACAUGUUUUCUCAAGGCUGGGGAUAACGACGCCACCUCCUUGGUACCAGACCCUGCAAGCAAAUAGGUUUGGCAGUAUGGCAAGCACUUGGCUUUUGGGAAACUUCAUCCAAUCCUUCCUUCAAAGCACAGGAGCGUUUGAAGUGUAUUGUAAUGGUGAAUUGGUCUUCUCGAAGCUGAAGGAGCAGAGGUUCCCCAGUGAAACUGAGUUGAGGGAUCUCGUCGGAAAGAAGCUUGGAGGAGGGGUCUGGCCUUAGUGCCUUUCG